AUGGAUCAUUGUAAUGACUCGGCUGGUCACGGACACUCAGGGUUUACUUUGUCGAGCCAACAGAGAGUAAAACUAGGACUUAUGAAAGUCAGGGAACAGACUGAGAGCAUCAUGACUCAAGAAUUGGAUCCUCAAGUCAUCAAUACCCUGCGAAUUAUUCGUGUAAUCCAGGUUCUUUAUACGACUGUAUUUCUGAUGGGGCUGGAGUAUAUCACUGUCCUCAAGGGUUCACUUCUUAUCUCAAUCUCAUAUAUCAAACAGCUGCGCGGUAAACCGUGUUGGGGUCCAUGCAGGUAUGGCAUGAUGUUGACUCUAAUCAUGGAAUGUCUUUUACCCGAUACUGUUGGUUCCAACAUCCAUUCCUACAUAUAUUGCAACCACGAAUAUAGCAAUCUAGCCGCCGAUCGUGGCUUACAACGGGUCCGAGAGUACGGUGCGGUCCGUUUCCAUAACUUUGUCCCACAAUCGCCAAUAAUGAGGGUGUUUCAAGCGCUUGGCCAGCAACAACCAACACAGUGA